AUGAGUCCCGUUGGAGGUGAACAACAAAGCAGAUUACAAGAAAUUAACUCUAAAAAUUACCUACGAAGAGUGAAAGAUGACGUGAAAUCCAUCUUGGAUAACUUUACUAGCAUUCUGUCUGCAUCCAAGGUGAAAGAAGAAUCGCAAUUGAAUGGUUCUGCCCAGUCUGUCAUGGACCGAUACGAAAUGCAUGUUCGAUCAUCAAAUAUAACACGAGCUGCAGAGUCAUUAGUCCAGCUUAUUGACGAAUUGAAAGAAUCGCUUAUAUUGGACGACUUUACUUCUCUGAAUGAAGCCAACGACGCUAAGCGCAAGCAGUUUGAACAAUAUAUACAACAUUCCAAUAGUGAAUUGCAGAAAAUAAAGCAUGGCAUUGGUCAAGAUUUACAACAACUGGAAACUGAAUAUUAUAAUUCAGCUUAUAAAUAA